GCGUGGCCGCACGGAAGUGGUUUUGUCUCGGUGGCUUUCCACAGUAGUGAGAAAUGAGAGGUGCUAUAUAUUUAAAACCAGUUAGCUCUCUCUAGAAAUCGAUUUGUAUCUUAAUAAGAAUAUUUUAUUUUUCACUUAUAUUGUUGUAAUAUAGCCGGAACUAAAGGUAGGAUAGCUAGCUAGCUCGUUAGCUCCAUCAGAGCAAACAGUCAUGCCGUCCUACUCUGAAUUGAGGAAAACCAACAACUUCUACUAUUUCAUCAAAUUUACCCUAAAUGUCUACUCAAUGCUCUUCUCGCUGGUGGGGCUUUGUGUGCUGUGUGUGGGAGUCUACGCCGAGGUGGAAAGGCAGAAGAAUCGAACCCUGGAGGGUCUGUUCCUUGCUCCCGCUGUGGUGCUCAUCCUGCUGGGGCUGGUGAUGUUCACAGUGUCAGUAGUGGGCAUGGUUGGAUCCCUCAGGGACAACAAGACCCUGCUGCACAUGUUCCUCUGUGUUCUGUGUGUGUUGCUGCUCCUCCAGGCAGUUGCCGUCACCAUGGCUCUUAUCUUUGAAAAGAAGACGUCGGCCUUGUUCCAGAGUAGUAUACGAGAAGGAAUAAAACACUACUACGACGACCUCGACUUCAAAAACAUCUUGGACUAUGUGCAAGAAACGUUUUCAUGCUGUGGAGGAGAUGAUUUUAAGGACUGGGGAGUCAAUCAGUACCAUUUCUGCAAUGGUACUGGACCACUAGCGUGUGGGGUUCCAUACACCUGUUGUGUUCGCCGCAAGGUGGGCGAAGUCAUUAAUACCCUAUGUGGUUACCAGACUCUGGACAAACAGCGUGAAACCGUGAACAACCUGAUCAACGUGCGAGGCUGCCUCCACGCAGUGAACCUCUGGAUGAGUGACAACAUUGGAAUAACCUUUGCACUCAGCUGCGCCAUUGGACUGCCACAGCUGCUGGGCAUCAUCCUGAGCUGCAUCUUCUGGAACCUGCUGGUGGACAUGAGCGAGUCGACCGACAUGGUGGACUUCAAGCUGAAGAAGUCUGAGUUUGAGUACAGCGAGCUGGACCUGGCGGGCGCUGGCUGGUGCUUGUGCCUGCCGAGGGACGGCGGCUACCUGCCGGUCCCUGCCGCUGAGCCUGAACUCGACCCUAUUGACGCUCACCUGGAGAAGCUCAAGAAGCAGCCGCCGCUCACACACGCUCAGCUGCGAGAAAUGCAGCAGUCCAGGUCGGCCACGGGGCUGGACGAGGUGGACGUGGGCCGCAAGCAGAAAAGGGAACACUGAGCGGUCUGUUCUGCCCUGUCUUGCCUUUUGGGUUUUUUGCCUUUCUUUUCUGUCAUCGUAAUCAUUACAUUUGUUUGAGUUGUGUUGCACUACUUUAUGGUUGAGCCUGUCAGUCACUGGAUCAGGUGAAAUUUUGAUCAACAGAAGGGAUCAAAGGUACUUUGGCACUUUGUUGAUGAAUUGUUUUUCAGCAAAAUUUGAAGGUACAACAUGCAACUUUUGCUUUAAUUUUUUUUAAUAAAAAAAUCAUUUCGUUGUCUUCUUUGUGACUCUUGAUCUUGGAGGAUUUAUGGCAUUAUAUCUAUUUUAUUUAAUUUAAUUUUUUUUAUCCUUUGAAGUUGAGCUGUGUCUCAUGUGCUAAAGCUUACCUCAGGCUAUUUCUGAAAAUAGCCCAGUAGUCAGAGGACUGUACAAUUUGGUGUAUAAAUUAAUGGUAGCUCGAAAAGGUGUUUUUCAGUGUCAGAGAAUAGGAAUAGCCAAGUAUGUUUUGCGUGUAGCGUCUGUAAAGGAUGUAAAAAGUUUGUGUAUUAUUUGGUUUUACUAUGGUUUCUAUUUGAUUUUGUGCAGUGUACAUUGUUAAGACUGACAGUUGUGAAAUAACAUGGGAUGCAUGUUUUGUACUGAAUAUGAAAUAAGUUUAAAAAACAAAAAACAAACAAAAAAAAAACAACAAAAAACUCAGUCUACAUGUGAAGCCCUUAUCAGGGAGGCUUCAGUCUUUCCAUUUUUUAAACUAAGCUUUUUAUUCCUUCCAUCUUUCAAAGGAACAACUAAAGGGAUUAUCAAGACUACAGAUCCAGUGAAAAACAACUCGAUGACAGUUUUUGUAUCUGAGUUAUGCACAGUUUUGAGCUUCCCCUUAGCUCUGGCCUUGUAUCAGCACUACUGUUCUUGUCAAUAAAGCUGAAUUUGUCUACUGA